CGCGUCAUGAAAAUCUGUUACUAUCGCCGUGACUCUACAACAUCGCUCACUCGUUUAAAUAUUUAAAAUGCUCGAAAUAAUUAUCAGUAAAAUACUUUUUUGUUUAUUCUAGGUGCGUACUGAAAGUGAUUGUUGCUUAAUGAAUACUUACAAUGGUUUCAACAGUGUAGUUGGUUUUGUGAUCAAUCGUGAAUGUUCUCUAUGUGUGUAAUUUUUUUCAAAUAGCAUUGAAAACUUGAUGCAAGUAAUAAUCGUCACAACUAAUGAACGAGAACCAUAAAUGUUUUAAAGUCAUGGUUCAAUGUUCUGAAGUCGUGGUUUUGACAGCCUCGUCAACUAUCAGCUUUGACAUGUGUAAUGAAAUGCAAAUUUAUAUUAUAGCUCUCUCGGCAAUUUUCUAGGUCAUAUAUGAAGUGUAAAAGGGCCUAAAAAGUUGAGCGAGUGCUUCAAACAAGAGUCAAAGAGCAUAACGAGAAGCGACACGUCGAAUGUCGACUAAAGGGUAACUCGAUCAUGAGGGUGAACCUGCGAUUAAUUGCACUGCUGGUGUUUCUGGAGCUUUUACUCAUCUGUACUGCUGUAAAAACUCGUGUGGAAGGUGAUACCAAGCUUACGUCUUAUCGACAUCGCCAUCGACACCACCAUGGCUGGUCAAGCUCAAACAAUAGAAAACGUUUGUACGACGACUAUGAUUACCCCAACGAAUCUGAUGAUUACGACGACGACGAAGACGAUGACGAUGACGACGACGAUGACGAAAACGCAAAAAAAAGCUUUGAAACACUGAGGCGCAAUUACCAUGAUAGAUACGAUCUAAACUGGCGUUCUCGGUAUCAUCGGCGUGGCCCUCCACUAAGCUAUUUUUCCCAGGCUCACGUUUACAGAUCGCGCUUCGUCCACCGCUCCAAUCCCUACCCGCACAACGACUACAACUUUGAGGAACCUUACCGACUAAGGUGGCACUACGACGAGGAUGAUACUCACUCGCUUAAUCAGAGGUCGACUCGGCCGAGAAUUCAAAAUCGUAGGACGAGGCCCUGGCAACUGCCUCGUAAGGACUUGCAGUACGACGACGAGGAAGAUGACUAUUAUCUGGACGACAGCGAUAACGACGACGGAGAGCGUAGUGAGGAGGACAGAAUCAAUCGAAAACACAUAAUGCGAAAGUCCCAACAACUUCGUGAUAGCGGUGCCAGUAAACUCGAAGAGUGGAUGCGAAAAGCUAACGGCAAUGGCUCAUCAAAAGUAAAAGCUAAUACACACUCGGAGCAUGAAGAGCAGGACGAUAUUUGGAAAGAAUUUGAAACCGAUGAAAAUCCCAGAUCAUUUCAUAAAACUUCAGCAAAUAUCAGUUCAAGUCGAAUCACUUACGACGAUAUUAUACGCAAACUCAGUAACACAAAUUCAGACACGAUUGUAACACCAAUGUCUGUCAAACGAGAUUAUAGAAAUGCGUCCCAGAGGCACGAGGCUGCUCCAAAUCAUUUGGAAGAACGCUGGGAAAACAAAGAUAAACUUCGGAAAUUCCAAGAUGAACGCAAUGAUGAUGAGGCCGAUCAGUCGGAUUCCAAAACGGAAUACGUAGAUGACGAAAACGUAGAGGAGGAAGAAAUUCCGGUAACUGCUAGUAGUGCUAUCACUCGUUCAAGUACUAGUAACGUGAAUUCAGCCAACUCAACUGCUACGACGGAAGCGACGACGACGACGACGACGACGUCGACGACGGCGACUACGAAGCGAAAAACUGAAUCGAUGAAUAAUUUCAGUCACCAAAACGGCGAGAGAGCUGUACAGCCCAGUUCGCAGUACAAUGAAUACAAGUUGGGAAAAAAUGACUACCCAGCAAUGUCGUCGCACAGCGUACUCAAGUGGCAGCAUCUCGGCUCGCGAGAAAACCUACAGCGAACAAGAAACAACAUGUCGCAUUUCAGAUCUGCCUUCUCUAAGACUCCUGAGGCCUUGGCGGCUCGACGUCACGCUGACCGUGUCGCGGCUGAAGGCAGCUGUCAACGGCCAAAAUCUCGGGUCAUUUCGGUACGGGACGUAUAUAGGGAUACUUCCGUCUCUUAUAAACCCCACUGUGUAAUUCUUUAUCGUUGUUCUCAUGACACAGGCUGCUGCAACUCCGAGAGUCUCACCUGCUCGGAGAAACAUUCUCAGCAAGUUGAAUUUUACUUUCAGGCUUCGUACAUCGAUGGUUCAACAGCAAUAAAAAAGCUCACCUUCACCAACCAUACAGAGUGCGAAUGUCGGGACAGAAAAGAUGCCAGGAGUAGGCUAGGAGUAGAUACUACUUUACAAACUUUUUCGUACUACCCUUCAACAUCGUCACCACAACACACUGUAAAAGAGGCACAGGAUAAACAAUGCGCGUGUCCUACAUAUUUUGUAUCGAAGCUCAUCGACGAUAGGUGUGAAUGUAACUGUGACUCGAAGAAUCCUAGCCACGAAUCAGAAUGUUUAAAAUUACUUAAAGGAAAAACAUUUUUUUCAAAUUCAGACAGACUAUGUAUACAUAAUGGCAAGUGUACAAUGCCAAACUGCUACUUUGGAGUGUACGUAACGGCAACUGGUAAAUGCCCUGCAAAAAAGGAAGGGAUCGAAAAAGUAACAGCAGCCGCAACCAGGCGGCCAAUCUUUUAUCCACCGCAAAGAAGCUAAAAUACCCCGCAUAUAGCUCAAAAUAACGUGCCAAAUUCUGCCACAAUCUUUUAUUAUACGUAUUCAUGCUGAUAUGGUGCCAUUUAAUUAGCUAUUCUCUCUACAAUGUAAACUCAUCGUUCCCAGCCUCGCGGUGAAUUAUUUAAAUAAUCAUUGGCAACGUUUUUGACAUAGCUGAGUUUUUUUUUAUUAUAAAAACUAUGAACAAAAAAUCAUAAAAAUAAACUUGCUUUUAAAAAGAAGUCAAUGUCAAUACAAUGCGAAAAAGAUGCUGUUUUAUGCCACUUUUUACCGUUUUUCGUGUUAGUAUGUCAUCACUGUACGUAUUAUAAUUGUUUGAUGAUAAUAGCUAAAAUGAAUUGUUUAGUUUAAUGAAAGUAUAGUUUUUGUAUUAUUAAAAUAGUAACAUUUUUCGAUGAUUUAUAUUUAUCUUAAAUAAGACUAAUGAAGAAUUAAGCACCGACUUGCAUCGGUGAAACCUUCUGAACAAAGAAAAAAAAUUAUUAAGAACGAAAAAUGGCCAAAGAAGAAUUUCUUUGUGUAAAUGUAAUUGGCUUUCCUUUAUUUGUUACAUUAGCUCAUAAGUUAUUCAUAGUAACUUUUUGUUACCUUAUAUAAAAUAUUGCAGGUAAUGUUCUUUGAAAAAUUGUUCUACUAGAUGACUUUUAAAUGAAUUAUGAAAAUCAAUUAAUAAAAUCGGUAAUUAAACGAUACUUGUUAAAUAAAAUCUGAAUAAUUACGAUGAGGUGAUUUUCUUGAUUACAAGCCUAGUCUGAAGCCCCCUAAGGUCUAGCAAAUAAACUUCCUAUAGAAAAUUGAUUUUGAAGACUUUUAAAUGGUGGAAAAGUCUUAUUUCAAAUCAACUGCCUAAUCAUGUUGUGUAAAAAAUGAAAUUUCGAGUUUUUUAAAAUAAAACUUGAUCAUUUCAUUAAUAUUACAGAAAUUCUUCGAAUUUGUUGAUUUUUUUAUUGAUAUUUUAAUCAUUCAAAAAACAAUAGGAAAUUUAGAAGCUAGAUUUGACGAUGGUUUUAAAUACUUACAUUAUUAAAGUAGGAUCGCAAAUGAUAGCAUAAAAAUUAAUCAUAUGUAUACCAUAAUACUGACGCAAUACCAUACUUAUAAUACUGUAUAGCAAUGAAUGUUACUUACAUUAUGAAACAAAUCAAAUUAAAUGUAGAAUUAAAAUGAACUACUGAAUGAGUGAAUAUGAUGAUAAUCGUAUAAAAUUUUGAGUUUAGCUUUUUAUUUAAUACUCUUGGAUACUUGAAAUUUUAUUCGAAGCAUUUUGUAACUUUAUUUAAGAUAUAUUAAGAAUUAUUAGUUUUAAGAGAAAUUUUUUACAAUAAUAGAUUUAAUUUAAAUACCAAGAGAGAAAGACAUGACUCUUACGACUUUGUAAAGCAAUUUUGCCAUCAUUGAACAAUUGAAUAGCAAGAAAAAUUUCUUUCGUUUAUAUUUCUUUUGAUAUUACGUUAAUUAUCUUUUGGUGUUGAAUUAUAUGGAAGUAAUAUGUCUAAUGACAUGAAAAUGAUUAAAUAGAUUAACUGUGUAUUGUAUUAUUUUAACAUGUAUUUUUAUUCAUAAAUAUGCUUUA